GGGCCCUUCCCUAAGGCGGGCGGGAGGAUAAAAGGUGGAGGGGUCCUCUGGCGCCGGCUCCCCAGCACCCGUCCCUCCCUCCGUCCGUCCCGGAGGCGGUGCCCGUGCCUGCCCCACCCUGGACGCGCGCUCGCUCUCUCCGUCACUCGCCUCCCCGGGAGACGCUGCGGCGGGGCUGCUGGUGGCGAGCGGGGAGCCGCGCAACCUGCGGGAGAAGAGGUGAGGGGGCGCCGGAGGACCCCGGAGGUGUUUUAUGCGGCGGGUAGGAAGAAGGAAGAGGAGAUUCAACAGGGGCAGCCCCACUUUCAUGUGCGUGUGUCUUGUGGGGUGGGGGUGGGGGUGCUUGGGGAGGGGGCGAUUUCUUUCCUCGCGACCCCUCCUUGGAUUUCGGAGGUAACCGUUGUGCUUGUUGUCGUUGCUCGCGAUGGGGGAGGCCGGAGGGACCCCUUCCCGUACCUUCCCUCCCCGACCCCCCAACCCGCACCAACCCCCGGCGCCGCUCCGCGUUUCUGCCGUUUCGCGUUUUCCAUCUCGCCCCCCCGCUCCGGGCAGCCGUGUAACUCCGCGCCGGGUUUUGCGCGCCGCCGGGCCGGUCUCGCGAGCCCGGAGCCCCGCGCGGCCAAUCGGGGCGCGGGGCCCGAGCGCCGGCGGCCAAUCGGAGCGCCGCCCUGGCUCGCGCCGCGGCCAAUCGCAGGCCUCCCCGGACCGCCCCCCCUCGCUCGGGCUGCGGCGCGCUGAGGGCUCCGAGCGGCGCCUCCAUUUAAAGGGGCCGCAGCAGCCACCCGAGCCUUGGGCGGGCUCCGAGUUAAAGGCAGGGCUGGCGGGCAGAGACAGGGAGGGGAGCUCGGGGAGGCCGGCGGCGGCGAAGCUCGGGUCGGGGAAGCUGCGGCAGGUGAGGGGGCGCCGGGCGGGGCGUGGGGGAGGGGGCGGCCAUCGUGGGCUGGGGGAGGGGCGGCGGCGCGGGACCUCGUGACAAGGGGCGGGGCCUGGGUUGGUUAGGGGGCCCCGAACCCGCACUGGUGGGCGGGGCCUGUAGCGAUUGGGCCGCGUCACGGGGUGGGAUCCUGCAGGUACUUGCUGUUCAAGGGAAGGAGCCAGGCCAAGUCUCACCUGGAGCCCUUGGCGGGGAAGGGAAAGCGAGGGAAGAGGGCUCUAAAAGGAGGCGGGCCUGGGAUUGGCCAGGCCUGCAGUGGUGAGGUCAGGCUCCUGCAGGUACUUGCUGGGCAAAGGGGAGGAGGUUGUGGUCGAAGCUGGUGGCAAUCCUGGCCAAGUGUCACCAGGGGUGGGUGGGAGGAUAGCCUAAGAUCUGUGCAACAAGGCAGGUCCGGGAUGCACCGAAAGGGUGGGAUUCUGCGGGCACUUGCUCAAGGAGAGGAGCUUACUUGUGGGUAAGGCCAUCAGGUUGCAGCAGCAGGCCGAGAUGUGCUUGGCAUGCCACUAGAGUGUGCAGGGAAAUGCAGCGGUGUUAUGCUUGUUAGGCUGCCUCUGAAGAUGGGUUGGAAACUUCAGCUGGUGCAAAAUUCGGCAGUGACACGAGACUGGGCCUUUUGUGUGGUGGCUCCCUGAUUAUGGAAUGCUCUCCCCAGGAAAACUUGCCUGGCACCUUCCUUACAUAUCUUUAGGUGCCAGGCAAAAGUGCUCCUCUUCUCCCAAGCUUUUGGCUAAUUAAACAAUCUAUGGCUUUUAAAAUGUGUUUGUUGGAAGAGGUAUUGGUUUUCUUUAUUUUAUUGUGCAUUUUGUGUUGUCAUUUUUUAUUUUAUGUUGUGAAAAGCUAUGUGAUCUUUGGAUGAAGUGCAGUACACAAAUUUAAUUAAUAGUGAUAAUAAUCAUGAGGGAUUCUGCAGGUACUCGCUUUGCAAGGAGAGUUCUACUGUUAGCAGGGAUGGGCUACAAGCUCAGUUCAGAGAAUUGUAGACUUUGAGGUAGUUUUGUAGGCCUCAGGGUACCCGUUUUCCUGUCUAAGCCAACAUUGGGGAAUCUGUGCCCCUCCAAAUGUUGUUGACUGCAACGUCCAUGAGCCCCUGACAGCAUAUCCAGUGGUCAGGGACUUGUAGUCAAAAAAUAUCUGAGGAGUCAUGUUGGCAACCUCAAUUGUAGGCCCACCUAUCUUAGCCUAUUGCUCAAAUUGGGGAAACCCUGGUAAGAUCUCACCUGAUACUUAGAGGACAGGAUAGUGGUUUGCCCUGGGAUGUAUUUACACUAGGGAAUAGCCAUUCAUGUCUUUGCUGUGAAGGGGAGGAGCAAAACCCCUGAACUGGGACCAGUUCAAGCUAUAGUAGCUGAUUGGCUUAAACCAAGGUACCUGGAAAGGACCAUAGAUUGCAGGUUUGGGUGUUGGACUGUACUAGGAGAAAGGAUCCUGUAGGCACUUGUAGAAAACAGAGGCAGUAAUUGGAUUGAGCUGCACCAAGUCUGAAGGAGAGAGAAUGGCUUAGAAGGUUUGGGGGGCAGCGGGGGGGGGGAAUCUUGGAGGUCUGAGCUGGGACAAGGCAAGCAUGACUAAGUUGUACUUGUGGAGGGAGGGGAGCUGGUCUGCAGAAAGGCAGAUUUGGUUUGGGCUUGGAAGACAUCAAAUAGCAUGCAGAUAUUUGCAGAGGAAAGGGGGAGUGAUGGCUUGAACUGGACUUGUUUUUGUUUUGUCUAACAUCAAACGCUGGAUUGUGCUUAGGAGUGACCAAGGCUUGUGGGAGGUGUAUGUCCCACAGCCCUUAUCCUUGGGAAGAGCUUUUUUCAGUAGACAACAUGUUUAGGUUUUGAGUAACCAAGGAAGGAAUCCAACAUGAAAUUGUUGAAGAUUAAAGAGCAAAUGGCUUCAGCUCUGCUAGCUGUUUUUAUCGUACCACUGAAAUACUGCUGCAUUGAACUUCUCUGAGAUGCCUGUCUGAGGGAGAGCAGUUAUUUUGAGUUCUUAUGAGCAGGAUGCAAUCUAAACAUUAAAAAGAUGAGUUGCUUCCCUAAAACCCAGGGGUCUUGUUCUGGUGCAGAUUCUCUACAGCUUCCAACCCAUUGGGUUUAAUCCUGGCUCUGUGUGUAGGUUCACCAGCCAAAUAGGAAGCCUGUAGAAUGUGUGGCUUGGUUAUUGCAUUUGGUCUUUUGUCCUCCCCACUGCCCCUCCAACUAAAUGAUUGGCAGCACCUGGCUUGAUGUCAGCAUUCAGAGUCCCAAUGACUGAAUAUUAAAUUGGACUGUUGAUUGGAUUGGACCAAGGAACCUCUGCACCCUGCAUUCUGAUGUGGGUUCAAAGCUAACGAAAGGCAAGAACUGUACAUUAACACCCAUUCUCUGCUCCAAUGUUGGGAUGGGACUUUUGUAAUAUUAGCUGUUCUACUUGAUUUGGAGAAUUAAACUGUGGCAUGGAAAGGUUCCAAAGGAGUUGCAGGUAGAAUGAGUGGAGGUUUUGCUUGUGAUGUAUGCAGAAAUAAGAAGGGUGGAAAAGCUGUUAUACGUCCCCAUGGGGGGAAGUAGUAGAGACUUGUGUUAUAAGCCCAUAGAGUGGGCUAGAAGACUGUGGUGGGUCCCUUCCUGACAGGGGAUAGAGCAAACAGCGAGGGUGUGUGUGUGUGUACCUCUGUGUAGAGCAAUUAUUAAGAGACAUACAUUUUCUCAAAGGAUGGAAUCUUGUUCCUAGGAGGUUUAAAAAGACUUGAGACCACUGAAUGCAGAGUUUCAGAAAAUCUGACUAGGUGACCUUUGGGUCCCUUUUGUGUCUGUGUAUCAGCCAUUCUUGCAAUGCACUUAGUGCUCCUUGUGUGAGAGGCCCCUAACUGAGAGAAAGAGGGGGGGGGGGGGAUUCUCUUGCUACAAUCUCCCACGAUUCCCAGCCUCUUUACUUUCCUCCUAAAAGGGACAUUUGCUUUUUUCCUAGAUCAACACAUAGCUUGAGUUUCACAGACUGUUCCUGGAAAUAGAUGCCCUGCAAACCUGUGUGUCCUCAACAUCACCUGGCACACGCUGUUGGCUUGUUUUCUCAGAAGUGGCUUUGCUUUUUUCUUGUGGCUGGGUUUCCAGGGUGGGCCUCCGUGAGCAAGCCCAGAGAAUUGCUAAGUGGGGCCACUUGAGUUGUAUACUGACUGAGCAGAAGGCAGAUCCACAGGAAGUUGUUUGUCUAGGACUUCGGAGCCUUCCCCAGGUUCAGAUAGUCCACCUGUUCCCAGACUAAGGAAUAGCUGGUGUUGUAAUUGCUCAAAACAGAGAUCUUCACUUGGAGAAAGCUCAUAAGGUCUGCUGCAGAUUCAGGACAUGUAAUAUAUUGAUAACCCAGGCGACCUCUGUAAGGAAAAUGCACCCGUUUUACAGAUAGGGGAACUGCCCAUUGCAGGUUGGUCUUCAGUAUAGUCACUGCCAACAUGUUGCUUUCAGUGUCCUUUAUGAAGCCGGCAGGUGUCCCCUCAGGAUAGAACUUGCAUACCUGCUAGUCCGGGCUUAGCCAACAUGUUUUUGGACAGCUGCCCCAUCAUCCCUGACCAUUGGUCAUGCUGGCUGGGGCUGAAGGGAGUUGGAAUCCAACAACACCUGGAGGGUCCCAUAUUGCCUGCCUCUGUUCUAGCUCAUAGCUGAUGUACCCACAGUGCUGUUCAAAGGAAACCAGGGUUAACUGAAAGGCGAUGGGAGAGGUAGGAGCUUCCAAUUUCUUGCAGAUGUUUGCUUGCUAAAGAGCCUUUGUUAAUUGUCCAAAGAAGCAUUUGGGCUUUUUUAUUUUUUCCUGAGUCCCACUAACACAGGUGCUGAUUGGUUCACCUCCAGCUCUGAAGUCUUCCAUGAGGCUGUGGCUACCUUGCCUUUUUCAGAUUUACAUAUUCGGAUUUGUAGCCUUGUCUCUCCUGUGCCUCAGAGGUAGCAACAGGAUUUAGAAACAAGCAAUCAAAAUGCUUAAUUGGAUAGCUGCUGCUUCUUUUUUGACCCAGUCAUUAGAAGUCCAGUGUUCCUGAUCACCAAAAAUCAAAUCCAGAUUUCUGUGAAAAAAGGCUUUCUCAGGCGUGGGUUGCUGUAAAGCUUUAAGAAGAAUUCGGCCUGGGAGGAACAGCUUUUGCAAGGGCCCCUCUCUGCCUGGCUUAGCUGUGUAGAAUUGUCUGGUGGUAACACUAAGGGGCUAUUCUAGACUAACUGGAUCCUAAUGGUGUCUAUCAUCCUGAGAGCACCUUGUGUACUUGGAAUGUGUAUUGUCUGUUGAUCUUUUUAAUAAACGUAGCAAGUGACAGGCGCUGGUGGAAAAGCAUGACACUUCACUGAGACUUCAGGGUUGGUGUGGGGUAAGGGCAGGGACACAAUUUCAAAUUACAGUAUACCAACUCAUCACCUGAUUCCUUCUUAUUUUUUAAGAUCUCCUCCAGCCAAUAACUUUUGUGCGAACAUAAAUUUUCUGAACCCUGAUUAGUUCAGAAUUGCUCCCCUGAGUGUGAAAAGGCCUAAGUUGGUGGGGGGGGGCGGGUUUAAGGAUUAUGUGUCUACUUCUCACAAUGCUUAAAAGAUCUUCUGUCUUCUGGACCACUUCCAAUGGAUUCCCAGUAUUUGCCAUGAAUGAAUCAGUUGAAUUUGAAGUUAGAAAUUUUUGGUUUGUGUUAGUUCUGGUUCACGAGGGGAGGCACCCUUCUGAGCCAGUUUUGGGGUCUGAUUCAGUUUGGCUCCUUGUUGCUGGCAGCUGAUCUCCAAGGCCUCGCACGGUUAGCUGCUCGGAAGAACUACAUCCCUUAUAUUCCCAUAUGUGCUUAAACGUGCUAACAUUCCGUUCUCUCCCCUUUCUGCCUCCUUGUUUUAAGCCUUUUUCUGAAUGGAGUCGAAUGAAUUUCCUGGCUCCUUGGGGCCAAUGUCACUGCCUGAUAAGCCAUUGAUUGGAGACCUUCCUGCAGACAUGGAGUAUGGAGAGGAUCUGCUAGCGUCCCAAACAGCCUCCAUCCCACAGGCUUCAGCUCAGCAGCCCCAAGAGAUGGAGUGGGAAGCACCUAAGCAAGCAACUUCAGAUGCAGACCUGGACCCGGGCUUGGUGAAAACAGCCGGAUUGUCUGAUCUGGGCAAAUCCAACAGUCUGACCCUCAGCAAGUCUGGUGCUCUAGAUGUUACAGAGAAGCCCAGUCUUCUCGGUAGCUUGAGCAACAAUGACAACCUGGUGGACCUGGAUAGGUCUGAGGACCUGGACAACGUGUACAAGACACGAGGUUCUGCAGAUCCGGAGGAUGGACCUAGGGAUCCCCCUGUGCCAGGAACCGAAGCCCUUGUGCCAGAAGCGUGGAAAGAAGCAUCAGCAUCAGCAUCGAAAGUAGACUUCAAAAGCACAAAGGAUGAUGGAGAGGAGAGUGCAGCCUCCCUUCCCGACAGCCAUGUGGUGAAGUCGCCUGACGUGGUGGAGAUGAGCAGCACUUCCUCCUCACAAGAACCAACAGAAUAUUCCGAGAACUCACCGAAAAUUCCACGGCCGGUUAAGAAAGCCCGAUUGAAAGCCCCAAAGAAAAGUGCUCCAGUGCAGAAGGAGGAAGUGGCGACAUCUACAGAGGAGGGGAAGGAGCCUGUUCUCAACAGUACUCCAGCUCCAGCUCCUGAGCCCAUGAAAGAGGGUCUGACUGAGGCUGAGAAAGACAGCAGUGUCAGUCAGAAGGACCCUGCUGAGCCCAAAGCACAAGAGGCCGAACAAUCGCUCCAACCUCCAGGUGGGUAAGCAGGAAGGAGGGCUCUCCCUAGAGCAUUGCCCCAGCCCCACUUUUGCUUCUGCUCUGAGGCCAGGUGUGGGGAGGGGUGCCGGGAGGUGCUCCCACUGUUCUUCUCUUGGGUAAAAAGCUGUUGCAACUCGUUUCUGUUUAUAACUAGCCAAACCUAGAGAAUAUGAUCCCUGACCAAUCAGGAGAUACAAAAGAGUAAAUAAAAUCAACUAUAUAUAAUGUUGAUUAUUUUGUUGUUGCUGUAUAUAAAUCUUUGCUUAUCUAAAUUAAUGAAAUUAUGUUCAUUAAGUAAUCUUUAUUUAUUCUUUUGCAUCUUUUGUAAAUAGCCCCUGCUCUGACUUUGCUCGGCAAGCAACAAAUUAGAGGUUAUGUUAUUUUAUGUUAUGUUAAUAUUUUAUUUAUCAUUUUCAACAAAUUAGAUGUCUGGUCAUUCUCCUGUUCCUUGCAAGAUUAUACUAUUACAAUUCACAUUUAUAUCCAACCUUUUCUCCAUUGUGCUCCUCCUUCAUUUCAUCCUCACAACAACUUGCCAUAGUAGUUUAGGCUGAGAGACUGUGACUGACUCCAAGGUCACCCAGCGUGCUUCAUUGCUGAGUGGGGGAUUUGCACCCUGUUCUCUCAGGUCCUAGUCCAACACUCAGACCUCUACAUCACACUGGCUCCUUUCCUUUCUUCCCCAGCUUCUUCCCCAGACAGAGCUAGAGAGCUUGGUCAGCUGUCUGAAUGUUGCGCCAGUUGUAAAGGUGUUUCUACUCUCUCUUCCUCUCACCAGCCACACACACCCAUAGAUGGUUCAUUGAUAGCUUUCAAGCAGCAUCUUAACCCAGUGAUGUUUCGGCAUUAGUUUGUUCCAUUCCUGACCCUCGUUAGAGUGUAAAACCAUAAGAAGAUCAGGCCAAUGUCCCAUCUAGUCCAGCAUAUAGAUCCCAGGGUGGCCGACCAGAUGCUCUAAUGGGAAGCUUGCAAGCUAGCCAUGAGCACAAGAGCUCUACCCACCUGUGAGUCCCAGAAACUGGCAUUCAGAAGCAUAAUGCCUCUGACAGUAGCCUUAACAGUUAGUACUAAUUGAUAAUAGAAUCAUAGAAUGGUAGAGUUGGAAGGGAUCUCAAGGGUCGUCUAGUCCAACUUCUAGUCUCAAUAUGCAGUUCCCCCAUCCAAUUUGAAACCAUAGUGGACCCUGCUUAGCUUUGCAGAUGUGCGAGCAGUUUUCCUGCUGCACCACUGUUCUCCCUGAAUUUGUCCAGUCCUCUUCUAAAGCCACCUAGACUGGCAGCCUCACAGACAGCUUUGAGGUCUCUCUUGUGUUUCUCUUGCAGGGGAAGACCCUGGCGCAAAAGGGAGCGAGAAGCCAGUUGUGAAGGUAAGGGAGGAGGCAGCUGAAGCAGCCGCCACCCGGUUGAGUGUUUGUCUUUCCACUAAGACCCUCCUAACACUUUCCCCAAUCCCCUAGUUUUUUGUUUUUUUCAGCGUGGGGGAAAUUAUUGACAUGUUCUGUUCAUUUCAGGCUUAAAGUUUCUUGCACUGUAUGUUUCCUUCCUCCUCCUUUGUGAGUGGGUGUGCAUCACUAAACCAGUGUCCCCCAACCUGGUGCCCUCCAGUUGUUUCGGAAUGUGAUGUUCUGGGCCUGGUCAACAACAUCUGUAUGGCAGCAGGUUGCAGGAAGUUAGUUUAGACUGUGGACCUGUGGGCAGGGGUUACUCUCAACCAUACCUGACAUUCUUAGGUGUUCAGUAAACAGAGAUGGGGGUUUCCCUGGGCUGCUUGCCAUUGUCUGUUUAGAUGGUUCCUUGGUUCGUUCCAGGAGCAGAAGAGAAGCGAGCGUGCCAGGAGGGCAGAAGUGUCUCGGCCUGAAACAGUGAACUCCUCUGAGAGCAGUAAGUUACCUCCUUGACUGUAAGAGGACCAGGCUUUACAUAUGCUUUACGUAUUAUAAGAAGCUGUGUUAUUCCAGUUUAGACCCUUUCUUCAUCUAACCUAUUGUUAUCUACUGUAAUGGGCAGCAUCUCUCCAGAGUUCAGGCAGAAGAGGGUCUUUAUCAGCACUUGCUUGCCUGGAAUAUUUUAAAACUAGGCGUAGUGGAGCUUUCUGCAUUCAAAGUGAGCACUCUGCCACAGAGGUGUGGCCCUUCUCCCAGAAGAGUAGGCCAUUUUGGUGUGGUGGGUAGAGAAAGGUUUGGAGGGGAGACUCCUGGGUUCAAAUCCUGCUCAGCCCUGCAGCUCAGUGGGCCGUUUACUACCUCUUAGGGUGGCCCACCUUGCAGAGUUGUUGCGUGGGUUAAAGAAUGGGUUGAGGAAGAAGUAUGUGCAAUGCCUUGAGUUCUUCAGUGAAAUGGGAGAGCGAAACAUAGCAAAUGUAGUCAGAUAUGUGUAAAGAAAGGGUGGAAUCUGCCUUCUGUAGGAUUUGGAGGCAAGGCUUAGUAACAGAGCUAGUUGCACAGUUAAAGAGGAUCCUGCUCCAGUGUGGGAGUUGACAAUCCUUGUUGUCUGUUUUGUGUAUGUGGAAACUGUACAGGCAGGAUCUGCCCUUCUCCCGCUCUUUCCCCCCAGUUUCUAGACCCCUCCCUGUGCAGCAGUGGCCAGCGACAGCCAACAACCUCUUGUUCUCUCUUGUGCUCCACAGUCCCCGUCUCGGAUGAGGAUUCGGAUGCCAUGGUGGAUGACCCCAACGACGAGGACUUCGUUCCCCACCGCACCCGGCGCACCACGCGCCUGUCCCUGCGCAACCAGGCAGCCCAGCGAGCUGCCCGUUCCACCGUCACCAAGAUGUCUUGCGCCAACUGCCGGACCCCACUGCAGAAGGGCCAGACGGCCUACCAGCGCAAGGGGCUGCCCCAGCUCUUCUGCUCCAGCUCCUGCCUCACCACCUUCUCCAAGAGGCCUCUCAGCAAGAAGUGCUGCACCUUCUGCAAAAAGUGGGUGCCCCAAAACCAACCAAGUGCCCUUUUCCCAAUCUGCCCCUUCUGCUUUGGCAGGCCGCAACUCUGCAAGUACACUUUGCCCUCUUGCUACUUCCCUUCCGCUUUCGUUGCUCUUGGGUCCCCAUGUCACCUCUUGCCCACACUUACUGGGAUAGCCCAGGGUGUGGCCUCCAGGCCCUAGUCUGACCAGUGUCUUCCGGCCCCUUAGGGAGAUCUGGAAUGCCAAGGACUCCGUGGUGGCUCAGAUUGGCUCAGGCAGCUCUUUCCACGAGUUCUGCUCUUCUGUGUGCCUCUCGCUGUACGAAGCCCAGCAGCAAAGACCGACACCACAGUCGGCAGAAGCCUCAGACACUGUCCGUUGCAGUGUGUGCUACAAGGCUGGAGAGGUGAGCGCGUCGGCUGUCUGAGAAAGUAUUGCAGGGUGGAGGGGAGAUGGGAAUCCAUGUGAGUAGUUGAAAGCUGCCAGGCAAGCAAGAGGCCAGUUGAGGAGUGCAAGGGACAGACAAAAGGGUGCAGACCUUUGCUGAGCACAUGGUUAAGCUAUGGAAUUAACUCUCACAAGUGGCAGUGAUGGCCAGCAGCUUGGACUUGAAAAAGAGUGCUAGACAAAUUCAUGUGCUACUAGUCACAAUGGUUAUGCUCUGCCUCUGCUCUCAGAGGCAUUAUAUCUCUGAAGGCCAGUAGCUGGAAGUCACAGGUGGGGAGAGUGCUGCUGUUGCCCUCAUGUUCUGCUUGCAGGCUUCCCAGGAGAGGCUUCUGGUUGGGCCACUGUGAGAACAGGAUGUUGGCCUGGCCCAGCAUCCUGGCUCUUCAGAUGUUCUUCAGGGACAGGCCACAGAGGACGACUUGCUUCGCAUGCAGAAAAUCCCAGAUCCAAUCCUGUUGGUAGUAUUACAUUUCAGGCAGCAGGACUGGGAAAGGCUGCUGCCUUGAGAGUCCUGAGUCCCAGUAGGUGGUGUGGACCUCUAUAAGGACCUGUUCAUAUCUGUAACUUGUAUAUCAAGUAAGGUGAUGUUGGUGGAUGUGUAGGAAAAGACAAGUAUACUGGGCAGAGUCCAGAAAGGUAGCCAUGGGGCAGAUGGGCCCUUGGAGACUUUAACAGAUCCAUUGAGUGAUGGAUUGCACAAGCAUUUACAACCUGCUUCACUUUGUUCCUGAAGCACAAUGUCGGGGAAAAGGGAGAAUGGAGUAGAUUAUAUGGGGAUGUUCUGAACCAGAAAAAAAUGUGAUUGUUGAGAAGGAAGAUCUGUUAAAUAGAGGUUUCUCAAGUAGCCAAACAAUCAUAUACUAGUAUAGGGUGUGGAUCUAGAAUAGAGAUUCGUCCCGACUGACAAGCUCACUGAGAACAGAGAACUAAAAUUCAGCAGAGCAUCUUCCAAGAUGCCGCAAUUCCCGGUGCAAAGUGGAAUGUCAAUGCAGGAUAUUAUAAGGUUGGCUGCUAGGUACAGCCUCCCCUGCCCACAAAACGUUCAGCUGUUUCCUUGCACCUGGGCCCAGCCACCUCCAGCCAUUACUUAGGGGCUGUAGAGCACCACUGCUCUCUGGGGAUGGAAGCUAAUGCCAGGCCUGGUGACCCACAGUUCUGCUUUGCCUGCAGAUCCAGCACGAGGUCAGCAAUGGGAAUGUGGUGCACCGCAUUUGCAGCGACGCCUGCUUCACCAAGUUCCGUGCCACCAAGGGUCUGAAAACCAACUGCUGUGACAACUGUGGCCUCUACCUGUACAACAAGGGCCUGCCACUGGAGUACCUCUUCCACGAGGGGCAGCAGAAGCGCUUCUGCAAUACCACCUGCCUCAACAGCUACAAAAAGGUGCGAAUGGGUGGAGGGGAUGUCCCAGAGCUUGGGUCCAGACCCUCAAGUGAGCCUCUCUUUGAGCCAGGCCAUGUGAUGGACCUUGCCCUGUCUCCCCUCCCCAACGUGAGAUUGUGUAAAAAAGUUAUUGUGGGAAAGGUGGUAAGGAUAGCUUGGCUUGGGUGACUGAGUCUCGUGUGUGUGUGUGUGUGUGUGUGUGUGAGAGAGAGAGAGAGAGAGAGAGAGAGAGAGAGAGAUGUUUGAUGGGGAAGGAGAUGCUUGUGAGGGAGAGAGGUGUGUGUCAGAGAGAAUGACACAUACACGAGUGCAAUGUCCAUUAAAAUCCAGGGGGGAGUGGGACAUAAAGGGUGCCCUGCAGUGAAAGAGCCUGCGUGACAGCUGUCCCUGCACUGUGUUUCUGCAGAAGAACACCCGGGUUUAUCCAUGCAUGUGGUGCAAGACACUCUGCAAGAACUUCGACAUGCUGUCCCACAAAGACCGGAAUGGGAAGAUGGGCCUUUUCUGCUCCGUCUGCUGUUCCACCUCCUACAAAGUCAAGCAGGCUGGCCUGACAGGUAAAAGCAGAAGGGUGGGGAAAAGAAAGAGCUCCUUGGAUUCUGCUUAACCAAGGGUUGCUAGUCCAUUAGGGCAAAUGGGGCACUUCCCCACCAACCUCAGCUUGCCCUCACCUGGCCUGGCUUCUUAACAAGCAGCCUAGGAGGUGGCACCACCAAUCAGCUUCCUCCUCUUCCUCCUUCUCCAUCUCAGUGUUGCCAUUUUAUAACUUAGCAAGGCAAGAAGAUGAGGACAAAUCUAGAAUUAGUUGGCUCUGCCUGCCGUUGGCUGUGGCUUCACCUAUUGUUGGGCUCCUUGACGUCUGUCCCAGCUCUCUGAUAGCACCAUUAGGUUUACUAGCACUUGGCCAGUCUCAGAAGGGUGGUGGUUGGCCACAAGUGUGGCGUUUUCUAACCUUAGCACGUGGGGAACGGGAGGCAGCUGGAUCUGUGCUUUAAGACACACGAGUUUGCUCCACCUGACUUGCUGCAAAAUUCCAGACCAAGAUGAGACCCCCAACUCCCAUUGGGGUGGACUGUGCUACAUGGGAGUGGAGAGAGAGAGAGGUCAGGUCUCUCCAUGCUAAGUAUUGAUUGCCCUGCCUGGGGUAAGAGUAGUUUGGACCAGGCGGAGGAGAGCAUUUCUUCUCAUUUUCUCUGCUUAAUGUUACAUCAUAGAACUGUAGAGUUGGAAGGGACCCUGAGGAUCUUUUUAGUACAACCCCCUGCAAUGCAGGAAUAUGCAGCUAGUCCAUACAGGGAUCGAACCUGCAACGUUGGCGUUAUCAGCACCAUGCUCUAAAACCAACAAGGCAUCUUCUCUCACCAACUUCUGCCUCUCCUCUUUUCCCCAGGACCCCCUCGGCCUUGCAGCUUCUGUCGGAAGAGCCUGUCUGAGCCCUGCUACUACAACAAGAACGAGCAGGUGGUGUACCAGUUCUGCAGCCCCAGCUGCUGGACCAAAUUCCAGGUACAUAAGGAGGCUCUGCCGCCGUCACAGUGACGGGACCAAACCCAGGAACGUGGGUUUUCUGCAUGGCUGAGAUCUGGUGCAUCCAUCAGACUCCUGAAAGUCUCUUUCUCUUUCUCUCUGCUUUCAUAUUUAUUUACAAAAAAAGGGGGGGGGGGAAGCAUCUAGCUCGUUGUUUGCCAAGAAGAGUGUUGGAAGGCAAAAGGCAUGUCUGCCAAGGGCUCUAAGGCUAAAGAAGACAUGGUGGGGGAGUGGGCUUCUGUUGGCCAGGAGGAGAGGAGAGGAGGGGUCACGUUGCACUUCACAGUUGUCUGCUCCCUGCCAGGAUUCCGUGCACUUUUUUUAACCCCGCCCUAAAUUGCAAAAGUAAAGACAUCCAUGGCUUGUGAUGUAAAAUUUAUCUUCUCGACCUUUUGGCACUGCUUAGUAAAAAGGAGCCCAUUCUGCAUCCCUCGUUCUUGGGUCCCAUAUAUGUGUAUGAAGAUUUGCCAUCUUCCUUCCUGGACCUCCAGCCCGCAACUGCCUUGUCUUCCAAGCUCCAACUCUCCUUAGCUGCCCAGUCUGCACACAGCUCCUCCUGUCUUAAGGCUUGUGUGAGAGAUUCCAAACCACCCUCCUCCUCCCAGAUCAACCUCCCCUCUCAGCAGCUGCCCUGUAUAUCAGCACUGUAUGGCUGCACCUCUCCCUUCAGAACUUAGAAUGUCCACCAGCACAACGCUCUGACAUCACAGAAGCCCAGCCAAUGGCCAGAGGAUGGGGCAGGGCACGUUGGUGGAGCUGGUUGGGGCAGGGGAGGGAGGAGGGCGUGUAAAGCUUGCACACAUCUACUUAGCUUAUUGAUAUAUCUCUAUAUAUGAUGUUAAAUCUAUCGUGGGGGUCAUUGUCUCGAAUAAAACUGUUUCUACUUCUGCUGACGCAGAAGAGAGUUUGUGUCUGCUAUCCAAUAAAUAGUCAAAUUUAUAACAUUUGUGUGAUUUGCAUAAUUUAUUCUACUCGCAGAGUGUUGGUCUUGUACUGCCACUGUCCAAUGGCCAAUCCCUGUUUCCUCCCAGGAGCAGCUGCAGUAGCUGGACGUCCCCUGGGAAGAACCUGUAUGGGGUGCCUGCUGGUUACUGUCCCCCUCUUUGUGGAAUGGGGUUCAGUCAGCCUUCUGUUGGGGGAAGCAGCGGGGACUUGUGUUUUACACUCAGUGGGUUGGGGUCAUGGGCGGGUGAUGCUGCUGGGGGUAUGUGGUGAGAGGGUGGAUGUGAGCUGGGGGGCUGGGGGGGCAACGCAUGGAGAGGAUCAGGAGCGUGGUGAAUGCUGUGGGCAGUGCUGGUGGCGGUGGGGGAGUGGCAGGCAGGGAUGCGGUUGUGAGUGUGUGGCUUGGGAGUGUGCAGGUGGUGGCUGGGUCGGUGCCUCUGCUGAGUAGUUGUGAGCCCGGGCACGGGCAGCUGCAGGCCAGCCAGAGUGGGCAGAGGUUGAUCCUGUGUCCCCCUACCCACCCCUUCUGAAUCUUUCCCCUUCCCUCAAAAUGCAGCGCACCAGCCCAGAAGGUGGAAUCCACUUGACUUGCCAUUCCUGCCACAGCCUCUUCACUGGGAAGCCUGAGAUCCUGGAUUGGCAGGUGAGGGGGCCUGCAAAACAAACAGCAGAGGCAGAGGGAUUGCCAGGGAGGGAGAUGUGGAGAUGAGCAGGACAUGGGACCUUACAGCCACUCCUACAGAAAGAGUUGGCCUGGGAGUUGCUGCUGAUUUUUGCUUUGUAUGUAUGUGUGCGUGCAGGGGGUGGGUGGGCGGGAAUUUGGAGCCUGCCCUUCGAAAGCAGUGGGGGUCCAGUCCAGCUCUGCAAGAUCCUGUCUCGCUGCUGUGUUGCCCGAUGGCCGAGCGUGGCCUCCUCCUCCUCCUCCUUCUCUCUGGCAGGACAAGGUCUACCAGUUCUGCUGCCGAGACUGCUGUGAGGACUUCAAGCGCCUGCAUGGGGUGGUGUCCCAGUGCGAGCACUGCAAGCAGGAGAAGCUGCUGCACGAGAAGAUCCGCUUUUCUGGGGUGGAGAAGAACUUUUGCAGCGAAGGUACCUGGGCAGCUACGGGGGGAGCAGGGCCCUGUGCUGGAGAGGAGGAAGAAGGGGGCCUUGUGUGUGGCAGAGAGUCGUCCAGGGGCUGAAGGCAGGGCGGGGGGAAGGCGCCCCUUCUUGGAGGGGCCCUUCCUGCUGUGCUGGCGACCAGCUGGCCCUGCCACGCCUCCUGGGUCCUUGCAUGCGGUGGGCGAUCGUUUGGUCACUCGGAGCAAACUCUUCUUAGAACCAGAGAGGUGAGCGAUUGGUGAGUCCCCACCACCCACCCCUGUUGUCAAUUCCCGACCCCCGGGGGCCAGUGCAGGACACGUUUUGCUCUCAGGAAUAUCUCUCUCUCUCUUUCUCUCUCUCUCUGUCUCUGCCUUCCUGUGCUUCGCUUGUUCCUCCAAGCCUUCGCUCUAGGCUUCCUGCUGGCAUUGGUGUGCCCACACGUUGCUCACUCUUUCUCUCCCUGCUCUGGGAAGGUUUCACCCGUCUCGUUUCUCCGCAGGGUGUGUGCUUCUUUAUAAACAGGAUUUCACCAAGAACCUGGGCCUGUGCUGCAUCACCUGCACUUACUGCUCCCAGACGUGCCAGCGAGCCGUCACCGAGCAGCUGGAGGGCAGCACCUGGGACUUCUGCAGCGACGACUGCAAAAGCAAAUACCUGCUCUGGUACUACAAGGUCAGUGCAGGGGCUCCGCUGGCCUCAGUGCCCACCUGCCGCUUGGCCCGCAAGGGGCCGGAGCGGAGCCCUGGAGCCCAGGUGGCCCCCUCCGCAGCCUUGUCGUGUUGUUUGUUUUUCAGGCGGCUCGGUGCCACGCCUGCAAGCGUCAGGGCAAGCUGCUGGAAACCAUCCAUUGGCGGGGGCAAAUCAAACACUUCUGCAACCAGCAGUGUCUUCUGAGGUUUUAUAACCAACAGAACCAGCCCAACCUGGACACCCAGAAAGGGCCUGAGAGCCUGCUGAACAGUGAGUCGCUGGGUGCUUCGGCUAGCUGAGAGCUUCAGGGGUCUGGCUUGAGCGCUAGGGAACGAUUCUGCACUGGCCCCGGGGGGUGGGGGGCGGGACGGGACCUGGCGGGGAGCACCCCUUCCCCCUCCAUCGCUAACCUCUCUGGUUCUAUGACACACAGGGCCAGCCACGAGAAGCCGGCGCUGCCUGUAGCUCCCAGGCUGUUUCCGUGGGUGGCUCCCCUUCUCCAGCGGACAGUUCCAUGUGUAGGGGUGGGGCCUGGCCUGGCAUGUGGCUUGCCCAUGCCGCUCCCCAGAGUCCAAAAGCUAAGCCAGUGUUGGGCCAGGUCAGUUCUGGGAUGGGAGACCCAGAAAUAUGAGCAGGAAGGGAAGAUCCUCCCGUGGCAGGAGAAGUGUCCAAGGCAGGUGCUGGAGGCCGUGGUGUUGCCAAAAGGUCGUCUGCUGGGUACCCAGGUCUGAUGCUGGGAACAGGCAAGAAGCCCAAGGACGACUCCUCCUCUCCCAUUCCAGUUUUCUUUCUUUCUUUCUUUCUUUCUUUCUUUCUUUCUUUCUUUCUUUCUUUCUUUCUUUCUUUCUUGCUCUCGCUCUUUGUCACGCUCUCAGCAUCACUUUCUGUCCUUUGGGUUUCUGCUCUCCCCUCCUUCCUCCUGGUCCACCCACCAUCCUCUUACGGAUUUCCUAGGCAGUGAUCCUCAGCCGACAUCGGGGCGGCAGAUGCCCUGUUGAGAAGAACCAACCUUUCGUUUAUUUUCAUUUUUAUUUUACAGCUGUUGAGAGCGGGAUGCUGUGACUGUUGUGUCCAAUAGAUUACGCAUGUUUAUCUGAACUCAUUAGCCAUGAGGGCUAGGAACGUGUUUUGUUUCUGUUUUUAAGGAAAGGUGGGGUUCUUGGAUGCUGCAUCCACAGUGAAUAUCAACUUCUGUGUAGGGGGCUUUUGCACUUGCGCAGAAUAGCAGAACUCUCAUGUGGGUGCUGACUUGCAGAGAGUCCAGCGAGUAAAGGUGGGUCUCCCUUAGAGGCAGGCAAAGGCAGCAACUCGGCAGCGCACAGACAGCACUGUUUUCCUCCCGGUUUUAUGUCCUGACUGCACUGCCCUGACUUGCACCCUUCCUCUGAAAUAAGUCACAUCACUCCCCUGCUUGGCUUGUUAAUGGAUUUGCCUGAGCUUCAGUGGACGGCUCUUGCAGGGGAGGGGGAGGGGGCUUGUCUAGUUCCUCCCUACCCCACGCCAACACUUCUGUGAUAUUCCACAUAUCUGCUAAGACCUGGGAGCCUUGCCUCAAACGUACUACUUGAGCCCUGAUAAACUCCUCCUUGCCUAGGUCUUUCUGUGGCUUCUCCGCCGGCAGACGGGCCAGGCCUUAACUCUCCAGUGGCGAAGACUUGCCAGACUGAACCUGGAGGAAUGGGAGAUAAUGAGGAAAGCUCCCCUUUAUCCCUUCGGCACCAAGCGAAAGGUGGCCCGCAGGACUGCCUGCCUGCCAGAUCUGGGCAGGUGGCGACAGGGGGGAAAGCAGCUCACUCCCCAAGCCCUUUUUUCUUUCCAGGUCAGACCCCCGAGCCAAAGCAACCCUCCUCUACCACCACCUCGCAGAAAGCAGAGACCAGCACGGUGAGUGGCCUGAGCAGGCAUUUCCCACUGUUUGCUGGGCUGCUCCAUGGAGGGAGGUGGUUGGCAGUGUGGGGCUUGGAGGCUAAGAUGGGGGAGGAGGGCAGCAUUUCACCCCCAGGCAGCAGGUUGGUCUCUGUCCCUUCCCCCAUGCCCUGCAUUGCUAACAUAGCCUGGCAGCUUGCAAGGAGUGGGGGCCCACGAGUGGCCCUGCCAAGACGCGAGGUGUACAGCAGAAUGCCUUGCAGGAGAGAGGGGUGGGUGGGGCACCAUCUCCCUCUGUAGUGGCUUCUGACACACGUAUGGAUCUGCCCAGGUACCUGCGAAGAACAGCUCUGCCCCUGCGGCAGCCGCCGCCUCUGCUGCUGCGUCCCAGCCGUCGUCUCAGCCAAUCACCCCGCGGAAGAACAAAGCUGCCAUGUGCAAGCCUCUCAUGCAGAACCGAGGGGUCUCAUGCAAGAUAGAAAUGAAGUCCAAGGGCUGUCAGACAGGUGAGGGGGCACAAGGGAGGCCUGGGCCAACACAGCAACCUGCUGGGGAGAUGAGUGGUCAGGCAUUCUCUCAAGUGGCUUGGUCCUGGACUGCGUGCAGGGCCCGUAGAUGUUAGCCCUGCAACCUUAAACUUGGCCCUGCUGCAGAUUGACAGCCAAUUCGAUUUGCACCCCAUGAGCAGCGUAUUUGCUGUGCAUCUGGGGACUGGAGGACCUGAUCCAACACCUUUGGGAGCAAGUGGCAUCCCUGUCCUGGAGGGCUGUGGAAGCCAGGCAGGGAGAGGCUCUCCUGACGGUGUCUGCUUAUCCUUCCUGACAGAAGCCGACUGGAAGCCCCAGGUGGUUGUGCUGCCCAUUCCUGUGCCCAUUUUCGUGCCUGUGCCUAUGAACAUGUACUGCCAGAAAGUACCUGUGCCUUUCUCCAUGCCUGUCCCGGUAAGUGUGGUUCCCUGCGUCUCCCCCACACCGGCCCAUUCAAGCUUUCCUGCAUCCCCACCACCACGUUCGCCUUAAUCCUCCUUCCCUGCUCCUCGCAGGUGCCUGUGCCAAUGUUCCUGCCCACCACGCUGGAGAGCACGGAGAAGAUUGUGGAGACCAUAGAGGAGCUGAAGGUGAAGAUCCCUUCCAAUCCUCUGGAAGCCGAUAUCCUGGCCAUGGCUGAGAUGAUCGCAGAAGCAGAGGAGCUGGACAAAGCCUCUUCGGACCUUUGUGGUAGGUUUCAUGAUUGCAUUUCUCUGGGAGCAGCAGCACCUGCUGCUACUAGAAGGGUCCCUAGCUCAGUGACAGAUCAUCUACCUUGCAUGUAGAAGGUCCCAGACAGGGUUGGGAAUAGCCCUUUCCUAAAACCCUGGAGAGCUGCUGCCAGUCAGAAAAGGCAGUCCUGAGCCGGAUGCACCCAAUGGCUUGGGCUCCUCCUCUGUCUCUGCUCAUUGCAGCAGCUUGUACUACGAUGUUAACAUACCCAGGGCUGGGAGCAAGAGAAGCAGUGGUUUGCCUAGGCCAACUUCAAUGAGUUCAAGGCAGAGAUUUGAAGCAGCGACUUCUUUGUUCACAUGCCUGACCUGCUUUCUGUAUUCGCAGACCUAGUGAGUAACCAGAGUGCAGAAGGCCUCCUGGAGGACUGCGACCUCUUUGGGCCGGCAAGAGACGACGUGCUCGCCAUGGCGGUCAAGAUGGCAAAUGUCCUGGAUGAGCCGGGUCAGGACUUGGAGGCUGACUUUCCCAAAAGUAAGUGCCAAGGCAAACUCAAGGUGUUGGGCAUUUGCUGGAGCAGGUGGGGGAUGGGGGAUGCAGCACUGGUCUCCUCUGUGCUCUGGCAGGUGCCAGUUUGGUGGUAAGAAGGAUUGCUUGUGUCAUGCUUGUCUCAGAUCCUUCCUGGGCGCCCCUAGGGCAGGCGUGGGGAACCUUUGGCACUUCAGGUAUCGCUGAACUGAGCAUGACCAAUACUGGCUGUCUGGCAUUUUCAGUUAUGUAAUGUGUUGCAAGGGCCCUCAGUUUCAUCUCUGCCUCCUCAGCUGGGAAGAGUGGCUGGGUAACAGGUGCAGGGCUUUCUGAGUGGUGGUUCCACCCUCAUUUCCCAAUAUCCCUUUUGGGGAAGCUCCACCCUGCCCCUUCUCCCUGUUUUCAAAGGGCGCUGUGGUCAUUGGCCACGCUUGCUGGGGAUGAUGAGCAUUAUAGACUCUCAGAAUUGUAGAGUUGGAAGGGACCCCAAGCAUCCAUGACAGAUGGCCAUACAACUUCUUCUUAAAAACCAUCAACAAGUGGGAGGCUGCAGGUUCCCCACACCUCUCCUGAAGGAGCCCUAGGAAGCCCAUUGGAAAGAAGCUGUCUCAUUGGCUCGCUCUCCCUCUGCAAGGAGUGGGGGUUUGUUCUCUGCAGGCUUGGUCCUGGAAGGUUAUUGUGUGUAUCUGCUUGGGGGCAGGGGAGCUCCAUAAUUGAUCCACUUCCCAUACUGCUUCAUUCCCUACCUAGACCCAUUGGACAUUAACCCCAGUGUGGAUUUCCUCUUUGACUGUGGCCUUGUGGGCCCAGAUGACGUCUCUGCUGACCAAGACUUGCCUCGGAGCAUGCGCAAGGUGAGUCUGCUCCUCAAGGCCACCCGCUCGCCUCAUUUCAUCUAAUGUUGGCUCAUUGAUUGGAUUCGGGGUUGAGUAGCCCUGUGAUAAGUCUCCCAUUCUGGGCUCAGAGCAGCCAGCCCUUCCUUCAGCAGAAUGGAACCAUUAGGCAUAGCAUCACCAUUUGGAGGAAGGGUUGCAGCUCAGUGGAGGGUCAUGCACUCUGCAUGCAGAGAGUCCCGGUUUCGGUCCCCCGGUGGCAUCUCCAGGUAGGACUUUGGAAAAGGCCCUGACUUGAUACCCUGGAGGGCUGCUGCCAUUCAGACAAUGCUGAGCUUGUUGGGCCAACAGUCUGAUUCGGGAUAAGGCAACUUCCUGUGCUCUGUUAAAGUUAGGAUACCCAGCGUGGUGCCUUCCAGAUGACUAUGACUACAACUCCCAGCAUCCCAAACAGCUUGGGCUACAGUCAAGGGGGCCAUGGGAGCUGCAUUCCAACAACAGCUGGAGGGCACCACGUACGAGUCAACUGUUCACAAAUGCAUUCUCCCCAAAGGUUUUUUAAUUGGAAAGGAAUGGGAUGAGCAUCAGGGGGAGGGAGGGAACUGGUGUGGGGGGCCCACUGCUUAAACUAAUGCUUAAACUAAUGCAGAUAUUUCCAACCCUUUUGGGUCCACGGCUCCCUUGACUAACUACAUUCUUUCUGUGGCACCCCUGUGGGGCUCAGGAGCCCAGUUAUGCUAUCCCUUGCCUGCAGAGCUGGCAGCUCCUCACCCCUUUUUAAACGCCCUCCCUGGUGGGAUGUGCCCUCAGCCUCCUCUCUUCUCCCCUCUGGGCUGCCAGCUCCUGGUCUCUGAGCUUCCCCCGCCCCAAAGAGAGGUGCCUCUGCGAUGGCUCAACGGCACUUUCUCACCCUGGCUCCGUUGGGCCGGCCCUCAAUUAAAUACAGUGCGACCACCUCACGGUACACCAAUUACACACACUUCUACAAUUUACCCCAGAUUAUCUAGUGGGGGACUUGUGGGAGGGAAAAGUUAAUGAUUUAGAGCAGAGGUCAGCAAACUUUUUCAUCAGGGGGCCGGUCCACUGUCCCUCAGACCUUGGGGGGGGCGGACUAUAUUUUGGAAAAAGAAAAAAAAAUGAAUGAAUUCCUAUGCCCCACAAAUAACCCCGAGAUGCAUUUUUAAUAAAAGGACACAUUUUACUCAUGUAAAAACACGCUGAUUCCCGGACUGUCCGCAGGCCGGAUUUAGAAGGCGAUUGGGACCCUGGGCCUUAGUUUGCCUACCCAUGAUUUAGAGUCUCAAGCAGGAGUACAUCAAACACGAAAAGUUUUAUAAAGUUUAUGACACAAAGUCGGUCAGGAAACGAGUUCUUUCGGGUAGAAUUCAACUUAGUUACCGUAAUUUUCGCUCCAAAACACACACUUUUUUGCUCCUAGAAAGUAAGGAAAAAUGCCUGUGCGUGUUACGGAGUGAAUGCACUCAUGGCUGCCGUCAGUCAAGCAAAGCGGGAGCCGCUUGCAGGGCUUCUGUCCCGCUCUAGCUUUGCUUGCUUUACAGCCAGGAGGAGGGGAAGGAGCCGGGGAGGAGGGAGGGAAAUAGAGCCAUGGCAGCAAAGCGGGCAGCAGCCGCUUACACGGGAGAAGGGACAGACGGGAGCCAUAGCGAGCCAGAAAAAGCGCCGCGUAGCCAGCAACAGCUGCUGCAGCCUCAGCUAGCAAAGGUCCGUGCGCUCUCUAACGGAGCAAUGAGGCUGCAGAGGGACGGCAGGGCACAGGAGGGCUCUGAGCCACGAGCGCAGAGAAAACCAGUAAAAAAGUUUUUUAAAAGGCUGCUGGGGACAGGAGGGCACGGGAUGAGGGAGAGGGGGAAAUUACAAUUCUCCCAGCGUCUCAGCUGAUCCGCUGAGCAGGACUUGGGUUGCAGGGGAUUCGCCAUUAGCUGCGUAAAGCAGCAAAGAGGCAGAGAAGGAGCAAAGUGGGAGAGGAAAGGAGCUGUUUACACUGCUGUAAGUGGCUGCUGUCCGGUUGGCUCCUUUAAAGCAACAGUGCUCUUUCCCUCCCCCCUCCCCGCUCAGCUCGCCGAAAAGCUCCUUUUCCACACACCCCACGCGAGCCCCUUCUCCCCUUAAACCCCUCUCCUGCAUCAUUAGCAGCAUCCUUCUCUACACACCCCACGCGUUUUCCUUCUCCCCUUAAACCCCUCUCCUGCAUCAUUAGCAGCAUCCUUCUCUACACACCCCAUGCGUGUUCCUUCUCCCCUUAAACCCCUCUUCUGCAUCAUUAGCUGCAUCCUUCUCCACACACCCCACGCGUGUUCCUUCUCCCCUUAAACCCCUCUUCUGCAUCAUUAGCAGCAUCCUUCUCCACACACCCCACGCGUGUUCCUUCUCCCCUUAAACCCCUCUUCUGCAUUAUUAGCAGCAUCCUUCUCCACACACCCCACGCGUGUUCCUUCUCCCCUUAAACCCCUCUUCUGCAUCAUUAGCAGCAUCCUUCUCCACACACCCCACGCGUGUUCCUUCUCCCCUUAAACCCCUCUUCUGCAUUAUUAGCAGCAUCCUUCUCCACACACCCCACGCGUGCUCCUUGUCCCUUGAAUGCUUUCCCUUCCCUCCCCACUUAAAACGUGGUUACAAAGCACGGAUCCACAUGGAUCCUCAGGAUUUUUGCACUGGGUCACCCCAAGUUCACCAUCAGAUCACAUAGCAUAUCCAUGGCUACAGUCUGCACCAAAAAACACACACGCACCCACUGUUUCAUGGGGCUGCAACGGCGCAAAAACGUGGUUACAAAGCAUGGAUCCACAUGGAUCCUCAGGAUUUUUGCAUUGGGCUACCCCAAACUCACCGUCAGAUCACGUCUGUGGCCACAGCAUGAACCACAAAAAUCAUACAUCCACUGUUUCGUUUAGAAUAUUUUUUUCUUGUUUCCCUCCUCUAAAAACUACGUGCGUGUUAUGGUCAGGUGCGUGUUAUAGAGCGAAAAAUACGGUACUUUAACUAUAAGAUGUCUCAGUCUUAAACACAGUAUUAUAGGUACAACUCUUCUUAAAUUUCAGUUACUAAACAUCAGUUGGCACACUUCAGGUAGAUAAAUAUUCAGGUUUCCAGAAGAGAUGGUAAAAUGUUAAAAUCAGUUGAAAUCAUACUUUCAACACUAUACCACUUCCUUCACAGCUUAAUCCUUUGGUUCAUGAGAGAGUGGCAUUUUUCCUCAGUUACCCCCUCUCUUAACAAUUCCGCACCUGAGAUAUUAUAAAUGGUAUUACAGACCCAGGGGAUCCCGUCUCUCAUCACUGGGUUGGGAGUCUUCUAGGUACUGAACUCUCCCCUCCUGGCUAGACUGACCCCUCAGGGAGCCUGAAUUCCCACAGGAUCUGUCUCUCCUGGCUCAGAUUCAGCCCUCCCAGCAUACUCCUGUCUGGAUACCUUCCCCAGACCCUCAGCCUGGUCUCCCUAUCCCAGCUGCUCUCUCCCUAUGGAUAGUCUCCUCAGUGCGUAUCUCCUCCUUCCCUCAGAACGCCUUCACCCUCUUUUCCAACCUGAAACCUGUCUAACCUCUCCAAACCAAUCAUAUCCCUCCCCUGGAACUUUGGCCAAUCGGACGACCGUUUGCUGACAGGAAAAAAACAACACUUGGUGACUCAAACUGCCCAGCAAACAAAACUUUUCCAUCAUACCUCUUCACACUGCCCCACAGGGGCCUGUGAAGCACCCCCUAGCCAGCCCCAGAGGCAGCAUUCGUCUGGUAGCUCAUAGCCAGAGCUGCUGCAACAAAGAGCUAUGAGAUGUGAAAAGGCACCCGAGGGAGGGAAGGAAAGAGGGACAGAGGCCAGUGUUGCCUGCGGCACCCCUGACCAUCAUUCAAGGCACCCCAGGGGGCCAUGGCACACAGGUUGAAACCCACUGCACCCAAGGUAAAGGAAUGCAAGGGUGUGAGAUGGAAAUGGUGAACUGUGUGGACUACCCUCCUUCCUCAAGCAAAUGUCAUGCAAAGCAGAUUCUGGCUUCGUCUCUCACCCCCCCCCAAUUUAAUGUGGAUGCCCUUCUCCCUUGCUUACAAUUGUCUUACAAGACAGGCCUUCCUCUCCUCCUCCCUUCCUCCCCACCUCCCCCAGGGCCCGAAGCGCCUGGUUCUCUCAGAGAGCUGUUCGCGGGACUCCAUGAGCAGCCAGCCCAGCUGUACAGCCCUCAACUACUCCUAUGGUGUGAACGCCUGGAAGAGCUGGGUGCAGGCCAAGUAUGCUGGCGGCGAGACCAGCAAGGGUGACGAGCUGCGCUUUGGCCGUAAGUCUGCGCCAGGUGGAGGGGCAGUUGCAGUUCUAGGAGAUGGGGAUGCUGGAGUCAAGGAGGGAGGGAAGAGGAGGAGGAGGAGGAGAUGGAAGGUGUGCCGCCCCAGGCACUCAGGGGGGGUUUUCUUGGUCGUUCCUCUACCCUCAGAGACUUGAGUUGGGAGGUUGUGGCCUCUAAGUUGUGGAACUCCCCACAAAGGUGCACUCCUGACACCUUUGUUGCACUGCUUAUAGCAAACACCAAAGCCGUACUCUUUGCCCUGGCUUUUGACGCCAGAGGUGCGUGUUUUUAGGGCUUCCCUUUAGUUUUGUGGUUGUAAGUUUGUUUUAGGUUGCUUUUAUUAGUUUCGUUUUAGUGCUGUAGCCCAACCUGGGGACCUUAAUUGAUGACAGUGAUGAUGAUGAUGAUGAUGAUGAUGAUGAUGAUGAUGAUCACUCUGCUCUGUUGCUGUCCUGCAGCCAAACCCAUGCGGAUCAAAGAGGACAUUCUGGCCUGCACAGCGGCAGAACUGAAUUACGGUCUGGCCCAGUUUGUGAAGGAGAUCACUCGUCCCAAUGGCGAGCGCUAUGAGCCUGACAGCAUCUAUUACCUCUGCCUUGGCAUACAGCAGGUAAGGAGACCCCCCCACCCUCUCCCAAAUCUUACCUUCUUUCCUUAUGCCCACAAACAAUUGGACCAACAUCCUGCUGCCGAAACACCUGUUGGCUGGCAAGAGAGCUUUCUCUGGGACUGACACAUAAGGCUAUUGUGUAGGAGGCCGUGAUGCUUUUGAAUACCUGUUGCUGGAAACCACAGGAGGGGCGAGUGCUCGAAUGGGAGAAAUUCAUGGAGGAGAGAGCUAUUGGUGGCUACUAACCACCGUGGCUCGGCUCUACCUUCAAAGCUGGAGGCAGGAAUUCUUCUGAAUACCAGCUGCUGGAAACCACAGGCAAGAGGGCUCCUGUGCUCUAAUCCUGCUUCCUGGCUUCCCACAGGCAUCUGGUUGGCCACUGUGAGAACAGGAUGGCAUUGGCCUGAUCCAGCAGGCUCUUAUUAGGUUCACACGUUCUUGCCAGCCUAGCAAGUGUUCUGUAUGGAGGUGGGGGGAGGUAAUGAGAGUGUGCAUGGGAGAGAGCAGGUUUUGCAGUUUCAUACUUGACUUUGUGCUUCCCAUCUCCCCCUUUCAGUACCUGCUGGAGAACAACCGCAUGGUGAACAUCUUCACGGACCUCUAUUACCUGACCUUUGUGCAGGAGCUCAACAGGUUGCUCAGCGGCUGGCAGCCCACCAUCCUGCCCAACAGUACGUGCCUUUGGGGGGGCCAGAGGGAGGGAAAUAAGAGAGGUGUUUUCCUCUUCCCUCGGCAUCCUGGGAGAAGUUUCCAGAUUCUGGGAAAGGGCUAUAUAUCAGGCUGUCCAAUUUUCAGCGGGUAGCACUAGAGCAGGGAAUGGGCUCUUGCCUUCCUGCUUCACUUAGGGGCUUUUCUUGGGACACCCUCCCAGGCACCUAAUGGAUCUUUUGAGGCUCUCAUCUGGACUUAAUGCUCAUAGUCACUGUCAAGCAAAAGGGCCAAGUUCAGAGGCUUCCAGGUCAGGCUUUGGGCAUUUAUUUCUUGGUGUCCUCCCCCCACAACAAUCACAGUUUGUGGAAGCAGGUUUAAUAUUUAUUACCCACCCUUCACCCCAAGGUCCUGGGGUGGGUUACAACAUUAAAACACAAUAUCGAAAGCAACUUGUAACCAUAAACAUUAGGUAGGUCCUAAAACCACGUGUCAGAAGCCCAGGGUAAAGAGGUGUCCCUUAAGCAUUCUCCAAAAGCUGUAUGGUGAAGGCACCAGAUGCACCUUUGUGGGGAGGGAGUUCCACAGGCCGCCACCCCUUAAGCCUCUGAGGGUGGAGGAACCACUGAGAGGACCUUCUCUGCCCAUCUUAGCACCCAAGAGGGUCUGUGGUGCUUUGUGCAUAGUAUAUUGACAGCUCUUGGUCUUUUCAGUGAACUGUUCAUCAGUCUGUUUUUAUAGCCAUCCCAGGAAGCAGGGCUGUUUUUCAUCCUCUUUUCUUCGUUCUUAAUUUUGGCCCAAGAAGGCAAUUGCUGAGCCAGGAUUUGAACCCAGGCCCAAUCUUUUGGGUAUAGCUGCCGAGCCAGCCCUUGCCAAUUUGUUGCUCUCCAGAUAUUUUGGACUUGCUGGCGAGAGUUCCCAAACACCUGGGGGUCAACAGCUUAGGGAAGGAAAGAGUUCAAAAAUUAUUAGACCCGGUGUUGAAAACCUUUAGCCCUCCAGAUGCUGCUGAACUACAACUCCCAUCAUCACUGACCAUUGGCAGAUGGGAGUUGUAGUCAGAGAACCAAAGGUUCCCCAUUCUUUUUUGGGGCCAAGGAAGGCGAGCAAAAAAAGAAUGCAGCAAACUUACAGAAAGAUGAGGAAUGGUUGAGAAAGUUGGCGGUGUUUAGCCUGGAGAAGAGAAGACCGAGGGGAGGUAAGAUAGCCAUCUUCAAAUAACUGACGGGCUGCCACACGGCAGAUGGAGCAAGCUUGUUUUCUCCUGCUCUGGAGAGUAGGACCUGAACCAAUGGGUUCAUGUCACAAGAAAGGGGAUUCCGGCUAAAGAUCAAGAAGAAACUUUGGGCACUAAGAGCUGUUUGACAGUGGAAUGGACAGCCUCAGAAGGUGAUGAUGGCAUCUCCUUCAUUGGAACGGAGGUGGUGUGGUCGUCUGUCAUGGAUUAUUUAGCUGUGAUUCCUGCAUUGCAGAGGGUUGGACCACAUGGUGCCUUGGGAGCCCUUCAGUGCUAUGGUUCUGUUCAAGUUAAAAAAAGAUGGUCUGGAAGCCGUAAACCAAUUUCCUCCAAACUGGUGCCAUGUCCGGUUGUUUUAGAUUCCCCCCAGCCUGUGUUGGCCAGGGCUGAUUGGAGUUGGAGUCUGAAACAUCUAGGGGGUCUGGGUUGGGGAGGGCUGCACUAAAUGAUAGGUUCAUGCAUGUAGUGCAGAAAAAGAGCUAGAAAAUAUGCUGAAAUGAAUAUAUGUAUAUAACAAACACUUCCCCUCUCCAAAGUAACAAUUGAUGGGUUUCCCGUACUGGUUUCUUGCCAGCCAUGUGCUUGAUUGUGCGCACAGCAGAAAACGAGCAACUGAGUUUAUUAUACUAAGGCCAGUUCUAAAUGCGUCAGACCUGAGAAAAGGAAGGGGUCCCAUGGCAACAGGCUACUUAGGUUUCCUUUUAUUGCACCAGAUGCAGCCUUCCUAGCCUCUUAGUGCAGCGCUCCUCAACCUGAUGCUUUCUAUAUCUUUUAAUUAAUAUAUAUAUAUAUAUAUAUAUAUAAAUAAGCCACACCUUCACACUGAACAUCAAAAGGCAGUAUGCAGCUUAAAAGCGCAGCAGUGUAAUAAUAAAAAUAUUAAGAAUGUCAGAUAUAUCAAUAAAAGCUCAUGGUAAAGAAUGUCAGGUUUGAAAGGCCCAUCUGAGUAAAACAGUUUGCAGAAACAAUGGCUUCAAGGUACAAGGAAGGAAUUUCUGACUAAACAUCAGGAAGAACUUUUUGAUAGCAAGAGCUGUUUGAAAUAGAACGGUCUCUCUCAGGAGGCUGUGGACUCUCCUUCCUUGAGGGUUUUUAAGCAGAGGUUGACUGGCCACCUGUCAUGGAUGCUUUAGCUGAGAAUCCUGCAUUGCAGGGGGCUGGACUGGAUGACCCUCAGGGUCCUUUCCAGUUCUGCAAUUCUAUGAUGCCUACAAGUUGAGCUUGGAUGACUCUUGCCAAACCUCUGGACGCAAGGAGUUCCACAGGGCAGGGCCAAGGGAACCUCAGGAGCAUGUUGGACCACCCAGAGUUUCCCAUCAGAAGGCUUGAGUGAUCCAGGUGGGGCAUAAGACAUCAGGGGCUUCAUAAAGCCCAAUCGACUUGAACUGCAGCUCCCAUGAGCCCUAGCCAGUGCAUCAAAGCACAGUUCUUGGCUCUCUCUGUUGCCUUGUGGCUCACUCUGCUUGUGACAGUGGUGGCUUGUCCUUUUGCAGACGCCGUCUUCUCCCGCGUGGAAGAGGAGCACCUCUGGGAGUGCAAGCAGCUGGGCGUCUACUCCCCCUUCGUGCUCCUCAACACACUCAUGUUCUUCAACACCAAGUUCUUUGGGCUCCAGACGGCUGAGGAGCACAUGCAGCUCUCCUUCACCAACGUCGUGCGCCAGUCGCGCAAGUGCACCACAGCACGGGGCACCACCAAGGUGGUGAGCAUCCGCUACUAUGCUCCCGUGCGGCACCGGAAGGGGAGAGGUAGGGAAUGCUUUCGCCCACAUCCAUUUGCUGCCCAUCUGUUUUGGGGGUGCCCCUGUCCUGACUGUACCUCCACACUCUCCCUGCAGACGGUGGCUUGGGCAAGCGGAAGCGAGAGGAGGAAGCGCCUGUCUUGGAGCAGCGAGAGAACCGCAUGAACCCUCUGCGCUGCCCGGUCAAGUUCUACGAGUUCUAUCUCUCCAAAUGGUGAGAGCCUUUUGCAGCAGCUGACUGCCAGAGGGUGGAGGGCUUCUGAAUGCCAGCUGCUGGGAAACCGCAGGAGGGGUGAGGUGGCUCUUGUGCUCAGGUCUUGCUUGCGGGCUUUUCGUUAGGGCGUCUGGUUGGCCACUGCGAGAACAGAGGGCCCUUGGCCCAUUCCAGCAACAAGGCCCAUUUGAUAUUCAGUUGGUUCCUGAACGUUAGUUGGCUGGGCUCAUGGGUCCCCAGUAUGAUGGCAGUAGGCCAUGGACCCCCGCAGAGGCUUUCCCUGGUGCUUGGAGGGUAGUCCCUGACCCCAGUUUUCCCCUGCGGAUAUUAAGCUUGGGGAGGUUGACUGUUGCUCACUCCUCCAAAACUUGCACCCUCCAGAAAGAUUGCACCAUCCUCUCCCUCCCCCCCCCCCCAAAGAUACCCAUUAGGCUUAAGAAAAAGAAAAAGGCCCCUUUUGAAGCCUAAAUGCGUUGGUGGGAAUGAACUCCUAGUGGUGCAACAGUAAAGGUGCUAGCACAUUUGCAAAGCUAAGCAGGGUCUGGUAUGGUUUCAAAUGGGAUGGGGCACUGUGUGUUGAGAAUUCUGCAUUGUAGGGCAUUGAGCUAGAUGGUCCUCAGGGUCCCUUCCAACUCUACAAUGCCUCGUUUCUGUGUGCACAGGGUCGCAGUGCGCACGAUUGCAGCUCGUGCAUGGUGGUGCUCAUGACAGUUUCUCUGCAUUGCCUCAGUACUCGAAGGACCCAGAAAGCUUGGCGACAACCCCCACCCCCCCCCGUUUUGCUGUUAGGUAGAUGCCGAUGGCAAGGGGAGGCUAGUGCCGUUGCUGCCAGCUGUGGUGGUAGUCAUACGCAGUGGUGUCAUCAAGGCAUCAAGGGCGGUGGUGGCAGCAGGAUGCAGCAGGCAUUGAGGCAGCCAUUGUGAGGAGCAGGAGCAGGUGGUGUUGAAAGGUUUUGGCCAGAGCAGAAAGCCGCUGCUCUGCAGUCCUUGCUCCUCAGUGCAACUUGGGGUCCCCUGUCUCUUGGUUCAGGGCUUAUGUGCUGAACCUGAAGAGCGGGCAGUGGGGGACCAGGGAAGGGUGGGGCUCCCGCCUAGGCCAGGAGCCCCUUCUCUGUCCUCAUUGCUUAUCUCCUCUUGCCUUCCUUCCUUCCGGCUGCAGCCCUGAAAGCCUGCGAAACCGCAAUGAUGUCUUCUACCUGCAGCCUGAGAGGUCGUGCAUCGCCGAGUCGCCGCUGUGGUACUCCGUCAUCCCCAUGGACAAAAGCAUGCUCGAGAGCAUGCUCAACCGCGUCCUGGCUGUGCGCGAGAUCUAUGAGGAGCACAGCCGCGGAGGCGGAGGCGGCCUGGAUGAAGAAAUGGACUGAGCAGGUGCUGCCGGUCUUGCCAGAGGGAGAUUGGGGCCCCCAGCACUACUCCAGCCAGCUAGUGGGUGACUGUGGGGUGUGUGUGGCUCGCUGCCCCUUUCCUGCCUGGUUUGGCGGCCACAUAGGGCUCUAGACACUCCCCACUAGGUGAUCACUUUCCCUCUGACGAGGAGCCACCCCCACCCUCCCUCUCCUCCCACGCUGCCUACGAGUGCCUGCUUGCCUGCCCCUUUCUCCUUGCUAUGUGUUGGCUUGGGGGGAGUGUCACAGGUAGGCUCUUCGCCUGGGGAGGGAAGGGUGCAGGGCGUGUCUUCGCUGUUGCAAGAGAGCUGGGCUCUGGGGGUGCAGACCCUGUGCCUGGUUGUGCUAAUUGGGGCGGGGUGACCGUGCACGUUCUCUUGCACGGGGUGGGGGGUGGGGCUUCUACAGUUCUCCCUUUGCCCAGUAGAUGGCAGUCCUCCCUCCCCCCCAUCCCCAACGGUUGAACACUCUGUUCUCUCUCGUAUUGGGGGAGACUAGGCCCUAGCAUUGCACCCUGAGCCGCCUUCUCCCCUGCUUCCUCGAUGCUAGCUUGGCCGCCCACCCCACCACGCCCACUGCCCCAUGAGGCAGAGGCUGCUCAGCAUCUCACCAACCCUUUCCUCACCCAUCUGUGUGUGUUGCGUUGAACUCUGAGCUAUGGCUGGUGCUGGUGCUGGUGCUGUCUGUUGAGCCUGUAUAUAUUGUUCUGGCCCAGCCCCUGUCUGUGUCCUUGUUGCCAGUGAGCCAGUCCGCGGGUCUCGUCGUCGUAGUGAUGCCCAGGGCAUUAGGACCUGCCCUCCCCGCGUCUCUCUGGAAACCAUUCAUUUCAAAUAAAGGCACAAAAAUUUGGCCGACUUGUCUCUCUUCAUCUCUUAUUCCAGGGCUGUGGUCCUUGUCUCUGUGCCCCCAAAAUGUGGUGAUGCACGAGAACAGGGUUGGAGGCCCCAUGUCCCAGUGAGGUAAUUUCCAUUGGUGGGUGUGCAUGUGGCAGCCAGCAUGCCUUACCAACUUUUAUGCCCCCAGGGGAAGACCUCCACCCCCUUCCAUGACUUGGCUGCUGUGGGUCCCAUCGCAUCAGCUCUCUGCUCCGACUGAGCCAGCCUUGAAGCGUGCUCUUUCCACUUCCUGGCCACUAAGGGGCAGCAGGCACCAAGAGAAUCUUCCAAAGCGCCUGGCCAUUGUCCACAUGCCCAGUGCUCUUCUCUGCUUGUGGCUUUGCAGCAGCUGCUCCCAAAAGGAGAAGUGGCUGAAGUCUCUGCUUCAGGCAUUUGGGGCUGAUGCCUUGGAGAAGAGGGUCUCGAGACUUAGCACCAGCCUGGGACUCUCCCUCAGAUUCCCCCUUCUUCGUUGGAAAGGGAGCUGUGAAGUCUGCUGCUUCUCCUAGCGUGGCAGAGUUGCUCUCUGAUGAAAGGGCAGGCUUGGGACGUAAAGGAGAGAGGCCUGAGGCUUCUUAAUUCCUGAGCAGGUACAGGCUACCUUUCCUCCAGCCCAGGAAUUCUCUCUCUGAUCAGGCAUUGGGGUAGGGAUUUCGACUUGGUGGUGCAUCUAAUGCCUGUGGGAACGCUUGGGUCUUGCUAUCCAGUGUGAGGUUAGCAAAG